CUGCCAUUGAAUGUUACGUCAUUUCAAUCCGACAUUCCGACCUAUUCGAAAUUCGAUUUUUCCUUCGGAUUCGCAGGACACUACUUUGCAGGUUGUAAAACUUAGCAAAAAAACACAAAAUGAGUGCCUGGAGACAAGCCGGUCUUAAUUACAUAAACUACUCUAACAUCGCUGCUAAGAUCCUGCGGCGAUCCUUGAAACCUGAGUUGCGCGCUGAAGCACUGAAGCGUGAUGACUCCCAUGUCCGCAUUACUCCAUGGGCUAAUGGCAGGCCAGCACAUGAAAAGGACUAAGUGGAUGAACUGAUUAGAUCUGAAUGCUGCCGGCAAGUAGACAAAUGGGAAUUCUUUAUCAGCAUGCAUGAUUACCAGCAAACAAAUUAGUUUUAUGUAAACUGUCAAUAAAUUAUUGUUACUAAA